UUAUUGAUAAUCAUGGUGGAAAUAAGUGACAGAAAGUUAUCAUACAAUAUAAUAGGCAAAGAAAAUCGUAAAUUGGUGAUAUUAGUUCGUCUUAAAAGGUUUAUAAUUAUUAUUGCAACGAUAUUCCUCGUGCUAUUAUUUAUUCAUUCUAUAAUAAUUCCACUGAUCUACAAAUAUUCUUUUAAAGUGCAAUCAGCAGCUCUAUUUUUAAACUUUGUUAAUGUACCGUCUCAAGCCGAUCUCGCCAACCCACAAAAAUAUCUACCCAUGUCAAGAAACAUGUACCUCGAAACUGAUGAUAACGUUACUUUAGGUGUUUGGCAGAUUUUAAAAAUUGAGGAAAAUCAAAAUUGUGAGAAACAAACCGAUGAUAGUAUAUUUGAACAUGCUUUUUUAGAUAGUACAGAUACUAUGAUAUACUUUCACGGUAAUACUGGAAGUAGAUUAUUAGACCAUAGAAUUGAAUUAUACAAGAUAUUAAGAAAACAAUUCCAUGUAAUUACUUUUGACUAUAGAGGAUUUGCAGACUCUACGAAUGAAACCCCAUCAGAAACGAAGCUCGUUAAAGACUGUGAGUUUAUUUAUAAAUGGGUUGCUAACAAAACAAAAGGCAGUAUAUUUGUUUGGGGCCAUUCCUUAGGUACUAGUUUAGUAACACAUACUAUAUUUAAUUUGCACUCAAAAAUCAAAGAACCUGCAGGCGUUUUCUUAGAGGCUCCGAUUACGAAUAUGGCUGAUGAGAUAGUUGAAAAUCCAAUAGCUAAAAUUUUUUCAUUUUUACCCUGGUUUGAUUAUGUGGCUAUACAGCCAAUGAAAAGAAAUGGUCUAACUCUAGAAUCGGAUAGGUAUAUAUGCGAAAUAGAUGCACCCAUAAUCAUUUUACAUGCCCAAGAUGAUAAUGUUAUUCCUAUUAAACUAGGUAAAAAGCUUUAUGCGGCAGGAAAGAAAUGCAGACGCGGAACGGCAGGCCGUAUAAUAUUUCAUGAGUUUCAAUCAACAUGUGGCUAUAAACACAAAUAUAUUUAUAGAGCCCCUGAAAUCAGUUUUAUUAUUAACGAUUUUGUGUCACUGGCGAAGAAAAGGAAACAAUAGCUUAAUAAGUUAUAAUAGUUGACUGAAAUUGUACUAUGUUUUUAUUAUUUUUUAUUAUAAUAGAUUUUGGUCAAAUAUCGUACGUAAUAAAUGUUAUUUAUAUUGUAAUUUAGUAAAGAAUAAAGAGUUUAAUAACAAGUCGAAAUAA